CCCAGUCUGUCGAUUUUCCCACAAAAGCAUUAAAAAAAUACCUAUUUCAGCAUAUUGCGACAUUCCUUUUAUCUCAACGCUCGAAACCCUAAUCUUAUCUUCUCUCUGCGAGUCUGUAGAUCGAAGAUUUCGAUAUCUUCUACUGUUUUGCGUUUUCUGGGUCAGUUCUCAAAGAUUCAGCGGAUUAGCUGCUUCCUUGACGAGAAAGAACGCUAUUUCAUCCUGUUUGUUGAGUUUGCUUGCGUUUGCUGAAGAUUCGGUGUUUGUUCGAGUCUUUUUCGGAGAAUCAUACGAUCUGAAGCCGUUCGGAGAAAUUUUUGUCUGAUCGAGAAUCCGUUGUCGACGUUUUUGUGCGCGGCGGUUCGAUUUUCCGUUUAAAGAAGAGGACGCAUUAGUCUUUUCAUUGACAUCGGAUCUGCGAGAUCUCUAUAAUAUCUGAUCCGGCGGUAGAGCUUAGAGGUCAGAUCAAGAUGGCCAAGCGUUUCGUCUGAGGAUUUGCAGUGGAGUUUGAAGAACUUCUGUCAACUGCGAACUAUUUGAAAGAUUUAGAAGGCGAGUUGGAUUUGCGGAGGAGUACGAGUGCAAUAUUUGUUGGUUUGAAUCUCGAGUUCUUGGAAAAGGAAAAAAGAAAAAAGAGAAAAAAGAUCUUAGAUUUCCAUUGUACUUUUCAUGUUAUUUUUAUUCUCUUGUUUCAGUUGAAUACGAGGCCUUCAGUUUUGUAUUUGACGGCCUUUAAAUCUCUUGUUAUUGUUUUCAUUUUAGAGAAGAAAAAAGAAUUUGAAAGCAAGAAAAAAAGUAAACAUGGCAGUGUACUAUAAAUUUAAAAGUGCAAAGGAUUACGAUUCGGUUAUGAUUGAUGGGCACUUUAUUUCCGUUGGACAUUUGAAAGAAAAAAUAUUUGAAUCAAAGCAUUUGGGCAAGGGUACUGAUUUUGACCUCCUUAUCACCAACGCCCAGACUAAUGAAGAGUAUCUUGAUGAGGGGAUGUUAAUUCCCAAAAAUACUUCAGUUUUAAUACGCCGAGUUCCUGGACGGCCUCGCAUGCCCAUAGUUACUGCACCAAUUACUGAACUGGAAGAGUCAAAGGUGGAAAAUAAUUCCGAGGAUGUUCAAGCUGUAAAAACUGGCUUUGCUGGAUUGGAUCCAUCUUCUGUGAAAUAUGAUGAAGAUUUUGAAUGGGAUGAAUUUGGAAAUGAUCUAUAUGCGAUUCCUGAAACGCUGCCCGUACUGUCUAGCAAUCUAGUUCAGGAUGCUCCACCUACCAGCAAAGAGGAUGAGGAUAUGAAGAUCAAGGCUCUGAUUGACACUCCAACUUUAGAUUGGCAGCGUCAAUCUUCUGAUGGCUUUGGUCCUGGUAGAGGUUUUGGACGGGGCAUGGGUGGAAGAAUGAUGAGUGGCCGUGGUUUUGGACGAGGCAUAUUGGAUCGGAAAACACCGCCACAAGGCUACAUAUGUCAUAGGUGCAAGGUACCUGGGCAUUUUAUUCAGCACUGCCCAACAAAUGGUGAUCCUAAUUUUGACAUCAAAAGGGUGAAACCACCGACUGGAAUUCCGAAGUCUAUGUUAAUGGCUACUCCAGAUGGUUCUUAUGCAUUACCUAGUGGGGCUGUUGCAGUUUUGAAGCCAAACGAGGCUGCCUUUGAGAAAGAGAUUGAAGGAAUGCCAUCAACGCGUUCUGUUGGUGAUCUUCCACCAGAACUACAUUGCCCCUUGUGUAAAGAAGUAAUGAAAGAUGCUGUACUUACGAGCAAGUGUUGUUUUAAAAGCUUUUGUGAUAAAUGCAUAAGGGAUCACUUCAUUUCUAAAUCAAUGUGUGUCUGUGGGGCCACAAAUAUUCUUGCGGAUGAUCUUUUGCCCAACAAGACAGUAAGGGAAACUAUUAACCGAAUUUUAGAGUCCAAUAACAGCAGUGGUGAAAAUGGUGGGAGUGUAUUUCAAGUCCAAGAUAUGGAGUCACGGAAUCCACAGGCUAUGGCUCCAUCCCCCACACAAUCUGCUGCCUCAAAAGGACAGCAUGUGCCUGCAUUGCUUCCUGAAAAGGAAGAGACUUCUAAAAUUGCAGAAACUGUUGAAGAGGGGAAAGAGGUGAAUGCUCCACAGAAUCAGGUGGAAGCAAGAACAAAAGUACCGGACGUUUCAGAAGCUACACAUGGGUCAUUAAAUGUUAAGGAACAAGCUUCACCUGGACGUCCUCCAUUGGCUGAUGAAGAAGUGCAGGAGAAGCCUGUGUCUGGGGAGGCAGGAAAGAAGAAGAAAAAGAAGAAAAUUCGCAUGCCUCCUAAUGCAGCGGAUAUGCAGUGGACUGGCCAGGACCUUGCAGCAGAGAAUUAUAUGAUGCCUUUUGGCCCUUCUGCUUUUAAUCCAUACUGGACAGGCAUGCAACCUGGAAUGGAUGGGUUCAUGCCUCCGUAUAAUGGUCAUAUGCCCUAUAUGGGUUAUGGGCUCGGUCCUAUGGAUGUUGCAUUUGGUGGUGUCAUGCCACAGGAUCCAUUUGGAGGACCAGGGUUUAUGAUGCCAUAUGGUGGCCUGCCUCAAAGGGACCUUGCAGAUUUAGCAAUGGGAUUCAAUGUUCGACCACCACCUGGUCCACCCGUAAUGUCGAGAGAGGAAUUUGAGGCGCGCAAAGCAGAUUUGAAGAGGAAGCGUGAAAUGGAAGGACGUGUUGAUAGGGAGUCAUCUAAAGACCAGGAAUAUGGUAGAGAAGGAAGGAGCAGCACGGGCAAUGUUUCUGCAAUGAAAUCCAAAUCAAAGUCGAUCCCCCCUCCGUCAAGCUCAGACCAACACCGCUACUAUGGCCGCUCAUCCGAUAGACAUUCCCCUAAUCGUCGCUCCCGUGAUCCUGAGGAUCUGCGCCCUUCAUCCAAGAGGAAAUCAUCGGACCGCCAUGAGGACAUGGAAGACAAGCAGCACCGUCGUGACUAUCACGAUGAUCACCGCCACAGCGAUCAUCGUCAUCAUCCCAAAUCGUCCACUGCCAAGGCGUUUGAUGAUCGCCACAGUCGGUCCGAGUUGUCCACUGCCAAGGCAUCUCCAGAGCCACCCAUUGCACGGCCCAAGCCCACCACCUCCACAGCUGACAAGAAGCAAAAAGCCAGUGUCUUCUCUCGGAUUAGCUUCCCAGGAGAUGACUCAACACCCCCGAAGAAAAGAAAAAUAUCUUCUUCCUCUCCUGAUGCACCGGUCAGUGCCUCGUUGAAUCACCACCGUGCAUCAGCAUCUAAUGGAUACCAUGAAGAGCACAGGGGGCCAGUCUCUGGUUCAAGGAAGACGGCAGCAACUGCUGCUUCCGCGGGUGCUGUAGAUUAUGACAGCAGUGACGAUGAUAGGCAUUUCAAGAGAAGGCCGUCAAAGUACACCUCGUCUCCACCACAAGCCACAGAGUGGGACGACAAAGAGCCUCGGCGCUCCAAAGGUUCAAGGGAGAAGGUGCGUGGAAGGGAUCGUGCAGGCUAUAACAAGCAUAAAUGAUUUAAUUACAUUGUGGAAAGGGGAGCUAUUGACAUUUAGCUCUAUAAUUUGCUUUUUAUCAUGUAAUAAUCAAACAUAUGCUGCCUUGUAUUUUGUUGUCGAAAUGAAAUUUACUUGUUCUAUUUCAAAA